AUGCUCGUCUGGACAUGCGAAGGCAAAUCCGUGCACCCAGCCAGCUUCCUCACAAUCCGCUUCCAGAAGGGGCAGUACAUCGAAAACAGCUAUCUCGAAGAAGGCGGAAUCCCAGAUAGCGGCAAAGCGGACCCUUUCCAUAAAUCUGCGCACUGGAUCGCGAGCAUCCCGUUGGAUUAUUAUCGCAAGAUGGUGAUGCUUUCGCUUCCGCAUCUUGAGGAUUGGUCGGUUAACGUCCUCCUUGAUCCGUUGAGGCGCGAGGGGUUUCUUGAUGCGUCGAAGGCGAAGGAGUUUGAGGGGGAGCUGAUGAAGAUUCUUGCAGGGAAUCGCGUGGUUGUGUUGAAGAAGGAGGCGGACGAGAAGGCUAAGGAGGAAGCGAAGAAGAAGAAGAAGAAUGCGGAGAAGAAGGCGUAA